AUGUCAAUAUCACUGAGUGAUAUAGUUAAUUAUUCUGUUCAUGAAAGCCAAUGCCCUCCAUUAGAAGAACAAAUGAGAAGUGUUUCAUAUGUUAUUUCAAAAGUACCAGGAGCACCACGUGCAUUAAGAAUUCAACUUGUGAAUAAAUUUAAAUCAUAUUUUAAUAAAAUAAUAUCAGAGAAUGAAGUAUUAAAUUGUUUAUAUUUGACACAAUAUGUUGUUAAAAGACAAUCAUCAUUUAGGGCACAAGUUGCAGAUAUUGAUUUUAUAGCAUCUAUAGAAAUAUUAGGAAAGAGGAAAAAUCAAAGAAUUCAAAAACAAAUAAGAGAAAUGUUAGAAGAAUGGUCUGAUGAAUAUCCUAAUGAACUAAGAGAAUAUAAUGUUCUUUAUUUAAAAUAUGUUAAUGAAGGAAUUAUUACUAUUUCAUCACAUAAACCAAAGAAAUUCUAUGAUCUUCCAUCAGAAAUAACCUCAUUAAUUCCUUCAAUGGAACAUUUUACAAGAAAAAUACAAGAAUAUCUUGAAGAUAAUCAACGUCAUAAUCUUCAAAAAUUAUAUGAACAUUCUAGUAAAUUAAAUAGUAAAAUACAGUCUUGUAUUGUUAAGUAUAAAGCUAAUGAUAAUUAUGACCAAAAACAAAUUGAUGAAGUUGAUAUUGUGUCUAGAAAAUUUAAUGAUUUAGUACUUCUUUUAGCUGAUAAAAUUAAUAAGUCUAAUAUGACUCAAACUACUAUUUGUACUACAUUAUUCACAAAUCCUAUAGAAGAUCAUAAAAUAAUUCCAAUACAACAAAAAAGUCAUGUUUUAACUCCUAAAUAUUCUCUUCAACUUCAACCACCUCCUUCUAAAUUAAUGUCUUCUAAACAAAGAAAAGUUAAAACACCAUGUUCUCAUCUUAUCUUUUCUUAUCAAAACAAUGCUCUUUAUGGAAAAACAAGUGGUAUAAAUUCAUUUGAUGACCAAUCUUGGGAUUUUGAUAAUUCAACUGAAACUCCAUUAGAAAUAAAUUCUAGUGAACGAAUUGUUCAAAGUUCAAAUGUCUUUGAAGAAAUGGACUUUGAUGAACAAUCUUCAUUAUUGUGA